AGGAGGGAUGGAGAGUGUGAGUGCGAGCGCUCGCAUCCUAAUCUUCCUGUUCAGCAUCUCUGUGGCUGUCUGGAUGAUCCCUCUCUCUCUUCUCCAUGUUUAAACUCAGGCCGGAUACGCAGUCUUUUUGGGAGACUUUACUUUUUUUUUAAAAUAGAGGGACUAAUUUGAGGCCUAGUCAGCAUAAUUUUGACGGCUCAGCAUGUGGCCCAUUGAGAGCUCCAAAAAUCAAAGGUGAUUAAAAGUGCCCAACAGCCAUCCUUACAGCCAAACUCAAGAGACCCAUUGCUGACUGGAGGCUCUUCAGCUUGAUUUCUUUAGCAGUAAACACGUGAGCAGACCAAACACGCACCAAAGCAGCUACGGAUUAUGCACAUAUAGGAUCUGACCUGCAAUUUAGCUAAAAACAUCUCUGAAACCAUGGCGGACCCAUACCAAAACAACAUUUACCACCAGGGAGAUGGAGACAGUUAUGGGACGUAUGGACAGGGAGGACAGGACGGCUACGGGUAUCAAACCGACUACCCUCCCCAGGAAGAAGACGCUGCCAGUGAUGCCACUGAAGGACACGAUGAAGAUGAUCAAAUGUAUGAAGGGGAAUAUCAGGGUAUCCCACAUCCGGAUGAGGUCAAGGCUGCUCGGAGGGCGGCGAGAGCGAAAGCAAGGACCCCGACAGACACCGUGUCGGAACACGAGGAGCUUGCUGAACAAUACGAGGACAUCAUGGAGGACUGUGGACAUGGGAAGUUCCAGUGGACCCUGUUUGUGGUGUUGGGUCUGGCGCUCAUGGCGGACAGCGUCGAGUGCUUUGUAGUGGCUUUGGUUCUACCCAGUGCUGAGAAAGACAUGUGUUUGUCCCACGCUGAGAAGGGAAUGCUGGGUUUGAUAGUGUUCCUGGGAAUGAUGUUCGGAGCGUUUAUUUGGGGUGGUCUGGCUGAUAAAGUGGGCCGACGGAAAUGUCUGAUAAUCGUCUUGGCCAUGAACUGCAUCUCUGCCUUCUUCUCCUCGUUCGCCCAGGGAUACGGUUUCUUCCUCUUCUUCAGGCUGUUCUCUGGAAUAGGGAUCGGUGGCUCCGUCCCAAUCGUGUAUUCAUACUUCUCGGAAUUCCUGCAAAUGGAUAAGAGAGGAGAACAUCUCAGCUGGCUCUGCAUGUUCUGGAUGAUGGGUGGCAUCUACGCCUCCUUCACUGCGUGGGGCAUCAUCCCACGAUAUGGCUGGGGUUUCAGUAUGGGCACAGAGUUCCAGUUCCACAGCUGGAGGGUGUUUGUGCUGGUCUGUGCUCUCCCAGCUAUAGCAGCUUUUGUUGGGCUAAUGUUCAUGCCUGAGAGCCCACGCUUCCUGCUAGAGAAUGCUAAACAUGACGAGGCCUGGAUGAUUCUAAAACAGGUUCAUGAUACCAACUGGAGAGCCAAAGGACAACCAGAAAAAGUCUUUACUGUAACUCAAAUCAGGACUCCAAAGACCCAAGAAGAUGAGUUCAUUGAGAUUCAGACUGCAACUGGAACUGCUUUCCAGAGAUGGGUGGUUCGAACUUUAACACUGACAAAGCUGGUCAUCAAAAAUGUUUUGUCUCUCUUUGGUCGUGAGCUAAGACUCGCUACUCUACUGAUGGCCAUCAUAUGGUUCACUAUGGCGUUUAGCUAUUACGGGCUUUCGGUGUGGUUUCCUGACAUGAUCAAACACCUCCAACAUGAAGAAUAUGAAUCCAAAGUGAAAUUGUUCCAUCGGGAAAAGGUGGAGCAGUUUCAUUUCAACUUCUCUUUGGAAAACCAAGUGCAUAAAGAGGGAGAAUACAUCAAUGACAAGUUCAUCAACAUCGAGAUGAAGUCUGUAAAAUUUGAAGACUCUUUGUUUGUGGACUGCUUCUUCGAGAACGUCCGAUCGACGGAAACAAUGUUUGAAAACUGCACCAUCCGCAGUACUGUUUUUUACGACACAGACUUGUAUGAAGAAAAGUUUGUUGACUGUACUUUCGAGAACGUUACUUUCCUCCACAACAAGAAGGGAUGCCAUUUAGACUAUGAGGAGGACAACGACGUCCUCAUCUACUUGGUCAGCUUCCUAGGCAGCUUAGCCGUGUUGCCUGGAAAUAUUAUUUCGGCACUCUUCAUGGAUAAGAUCGGACGAAUCAAGAUUAUAGGUGGUUCGAUGCUUGUUUCUGCUGGAUGCACCUUUUUUCUGUUCUUGAGCUUUAGUCAAGCAGCCAUUAUCGCCUGGCAGUGUCUGUUUUAUGGCGUUAGCGUAGCAGCGUGGAACGGCAUUCAGGUCAUCACUGUGGAACUCUACCCAGCUUCUAAAAGAGCCACAGCGUUCGGAGUUUUAAACGCCAUGUGUAAGUUGGCAGCCAUUUUGGGAAGCUCAAUCUUCGCCUCAUUCAUAGGCAUUACCAAAGUCAUCCCCAUUCUGCUGUCGUUCGCUGCUCUGGUCAGUGGCGGAGUGCUGGCCCUGAAACUGCCCGAGACCAGAGAGAAGGUCUUAAUGUGAAAAUCUGAAGCUGAAAGUGUAUGACUAUUAGUGUGAAGAUAACAACUGCUGGCAUGAGUAAAAUUUGGGUGUGUUAAAAAAAUGGCUAAAUUACUAACAAUAUCCCAAGGACCAAAUGAUGGAUCUACCCCUAGUCAACUAUGUAUCCAUAUGCCUGAUAUUUCAUAUACAUGCCUAUUCGGGGACUUAAAAACAUCUUCACCACUUACAUACAGUUGAAGACAAAAAUAUUAGCCCUCCUGCGAAUUUCUGUUCUUGUUCUAAUAUUUUCCAAAUGACGUUUAACAGAGCAAGGAAUUUUUCACAGUAUUUCCGAUAAUAUUUUUUCUUCUGAAGAAAGUCUUAUUAUUUUAUUUCAGCUAAAAACUUGCCUAAUUAACCUUGUAAAGCCUUUAAAUUGCACUUUAAAUUGAAUACUAGUAUCUUUAAAAAUAUCUAAUAUAUUAUGUACUCUCAUCAUGGCAAAGAUAAGAGAAAUCAGUUCUUAGAAAUUAUGUAUUAAAUCCAUUAUGUUUAGAAAUGUAAAUAAUUAAGGAAGGCUAAUAAUUCUGACUUCAACUGUACAUAGAUUCAGAAAAAUCUAUAGAGCAAAACUCUUCAGUAAAAGCAAAAUUAGUCACCGUUUUGUUAGGAUGGGGUAUUAAGAAUCAUGGAAGUCUCAAUCCUGUGCCAUUUCUUGGUUAGAAAAUACAUAUAUAAAAAUUCAGGUACUGUCGAAGAUUUUCUUUUUAUUUUAUUCUAUAGCUUGUAAUUUUGCUACCGUCUCACCCUCUGCCUUUGCUUAUGAAAUAUCCUCUGCUAAAAAAAAGGUGUAUUUUUGUCCCUAAUAUUUGUCAAGAGACUGAUCUUAAUGUGUUGCUGUACGUUCGGAUGCUCGGUGGCGAAUGUGCACUUGUGUGGAAACCAUUAUGUGUGCUUCCUCCGUUAUGAUUAUUUUUUUUGUUUUAUUAACUGUAAACUGGCGGAGAACCGUACGAGACUAGCCUCACUUUCCUUGCCUUUCACUAAAUGUGUGGUUUCUUGGUGUUCUCUCGCUCUCCUUCUCUAUCGCUCUUUUGUUUUGUUCAUUCGCAUCCUGAAAACGUCAGACGGUUUGGUCACUUUGGACUUGAGCUUCACAGAGCCACAUAUCUGUACUUGUUGUUGACUGAGUUGCAUGUGUGUAAUUUACCAAGUAAUGUUUGUGUCUUUUAUCAAUGUGCUGUCUGGAUGAUCUACUGUAUGUCUCACUGCAAAUAAAACUGCUUAGACCAUACUA